AUGUCAGAAAUCUGUAGUUUAAGCGAGAGCGUCUCUACGACGACCAUGACAGAAAGGAAAGACGACGACGAGAGGAGCCGGGACGACGGAGAAGUGCGGCAGAGAGUGGACAGGUCUCCGGCUAGGGUCCCCAGGAAACGCUUGGUUUCCGGUGAUUACGCCGGAAAGACUGAAAAAGGGGGCAGGUCUCCUGCCAGAAGAUAUGAGCCGUCUCCCGGCAGGAAAAUGGAUAAUGCUACGAUGUCCGUCCAUAGCAAGGAAAUGAGCCACAGCACGCGACGGCGGGUUCCUGCGAACAAUGGGCUAAUAAGGCGAGAUCCAGGCGAUAGCUCCGGGCGGAGAUCGAGGUCGCCGGCGACACGCUCGGUCGACCCUGGGUCUUAUCGAUCGACUAUCGGCCGCAGCCCAUCGUCGAGAAAAACCGGGCGUUCCCCUGGGCAAGCACCACCGUUGUCCGAGGACAAUGGCCGGAAGUUAGAAGAAACCAAAGAAGGAAGCUGGCAGACGAACGAGUCCCUCGAAAAUCCUCUCGUUUCGUUAGAAUGUUUUAUAUUUCUGUAG